AUGAUAGGCCAGAUGCUCAGACCGACGGUGGGCUACCGUUCUCUGCUCUCCGCAUGUGCCAAACGAACCCUCAUUCCAACCUCGACAGUCUCAGCAUCAAUUCAGUCUCGAUUGUGUAGCAGCGGCGGCGCCGGGAACAGUGGUAGCAACAGCAAUAAUAAGACCGGCCACACCUGGUUCAACAGCAACGACAUCACUCGCAAUAUGGCGCCUUCCGAUAUUGCCAACUACCUUCAGCAUACUCACGACCGCGUGUUUGAUCACAACCGCGCCUGGGCCGAGGAGUGCAAGAAGAAAGACCCCGAGUUCUUCGCCAAGCUGAGUGCCGGCCAGAGCCCCGAGUAUCUCUGGAUCGGAUGCAGUGACUCUCGCAUCCCCGCCGAGCAGAUCUCCGGCCUCGGCGCCGGCGAUGUCUUCGUCCACCGCAACAUCGCCAACCUGGUCGUCAACACGGACCUCAACGUUAUGAGCGUCAUCGAGUACGCCGUGUGCCACCUCCACGUCAAGCACAUCGUCGUGUGCGGACACUACGGCUGCGGCGGUGUCAAGGCCGCCAUGACGCCCAAGGAUCUGGGUCUGCUGAACCCCUGGCUCCGGAACAUCCGCGACGUCUACCGCCUUCACGAGAAGGAGCUGGACGCCAUUGAGGACGAAGCCGAGCGCUACAACCGGCUCGUCGAGCUGAGUGUCCGGGAGCAAUGCCGAAACGUCAUCAAGACGGCCGCUGUUCAGCAAUCCUAUGCCAAGAACCAGUACCCCGUCGUGCACGGCUGGGUGUUUGGCUUUCAAGACGGCUUGCUCAAAGACCUCAAGAUCGAUCACAAAGAGAUGCUUCAAAGUAUCCAGAAGAUCUAUAAUCUCACCGAGAGCUAA